AUGCCUUUCAAUACCGCGCUCACAAAAACACUGGGGAUUAAAAUCCCCGUAGUGCAAGGAGGCAUGCACUGGGUAGGGUACGCCGAACUAGCCGCUGCCGUCAGUAACGCAGGGGGACUUGGUCUAGAAAUUCGGAAAUGUCGAUCAUUGACCAACAGGCCAUUCGGCGUGAACAUCACUCUCCUCCCCUCACUCAUGCCACCAGACUACGGCGCCUACGUUCAGGCUAUCAUUGACGAAGGGGUCAAAGUUGUUGAAACGGCUGGAAAUAACCCUGGGUCCGUUAUUAGACCACUCAAAGAGGCUAAUAUCAUCGUCAUCCACAAAUGCACGACUACACGUCAUGCCAAGUCAGCUGUGAAACUAGGAGCGGACUUUUUAUCGAUCGAUGGGUUUGAAUGUGGUGGCCAUGUUGGAGAGGAUGACCUGACUAAUUUAAUCCUUUUAAACCGGGCAAGGCAGGUAUUGAGUGUGCCGUUUAUUGCUUCUGGGGGCUUCGCAGAUGGACAUGGUCUAGCUGCUGCGUUGGCGCUGGGAGCAGAGGGCAUCAAUAUGGGGACACGUUUUAUGUGUACGGUGGAAGCACCUAUUCAUAUUAAGGUGAAAGAGGCGAUAGUAGCAGCCCAGGAAACGGAUACGGCAUUGGUGAUGAGGCGGUGGAAAAAUACUACGCGAUUAUAUGCGAACAAAGUGGCGAAGGACGCUCUGAAAGUCGAAACUCAGAGUGAGAGCGGAAAGUUUGAAGAGAUUGCGCCGUAUGUAAAUGGGAAGCGCGGACAGCAGGUAUUUUUGGAGGGGGACGUGGAUUCCGGUGUAUGGACCGCCGGUCAGGUUAUUGGACUGAUCCACGACAUACCUACGUGCGCUGAUCUCUUAGCGCGAAUUGAGCAGGAGGCUCUGACUUCGAUGAAGAGGACAGAAUCACUGUGGACCGGUGAAGCCUCUCAGAGUAGGCUUUAG